UCCUGGUGAUGGCCGAUGGGCUCCCCACCUAGCUGCAAGCAUGACUACCCUUGUAUUGUCGUUGUGGAAUAAAGACAGCGACUCAUGUUGGGAGGAUCCGGGUCCCAGCUGUGCUGCCUGUGCUCUUUCAAUGAUUAAGGUUAACAGCAGAGCACCAAGCUUCUCUCUUUUUGGUGAAGAGAUUGUGGAAAACAUGGAAAUGAAGUAUGGUUUUUGCUUGACUUGAUGGGUUGGUGAUUUUCAGACGCACUUGUUUCUGCUGGAUGGAGGCAUUCGAGAAAUUGGGGUACUGUGAAUCUGGUUGUGAAGAGGUUUCUCCUUGGGUAUUGAUAGAACGAAAAGAGUUUAGGUUGUAAUCGUCUGCAGAUUUUGAUAUAUUUAAGAAGUUGGUUUUCUCUGUUUUCAUCCUUUCUGAAGUAAGAUCAAUGGCUACGUCGAUUCCGUCUGCAAGAUCACGUUUUGGGGACACUACCUUUACCAAGAUAUUUGUGGGAGGCCUUGCAUGGGAAACUCAAAGCCGUGGCUUGCAGAAGCACUUUGAGCAGUUUGGCGAGAUCUUGGAGGCCGCUGUUAUAAUUGAUAAGAAGAGUGGGAGGUCCAAGGGCUAUGGUUUUGUGACCUUUCGUGAUCCUGAAGCUGCAAGGAGAGCUUGCCUAGAUCCUAAUCCUGUCAUAGAUGGGAGGAGAGCUAACUGUAACUUGGCUUCUCUUGGAUGCUCACAGCCCCCACCACCUGCUGCUCACUCUGAAGGCAUUUACUUCAGAAGUUCCCAAGCGCCUCAUCCAUAUAGAGGAAUAUCAUCUCAUCUGCAGCCAUUUCCUUACGGCUACCAGCAAAGAGUUUUGUAUUAUCCAUAUGGGUAUGUCACAUACAGAGAUGAGCAUCUGUAUUCCCAUGGACAUGGUCCACCAGUUGCAUAUGGUGGAUAUCAUUACCCCCAGCUAUUCGCAAGAAAUCCUCAUACAAAUUCAUCUGUUCCUCCAUUUAUACAACCAAAUUAUUUUCUUGUACCUGGACAUGGAUAUGAUUCACAACAAGGAAGUGGUGUGCCUGAUCAAUCUCUACCUCAUUCUAGUCCGCAGGAUGUUGACACUGUGACCAUUGCUCAGCCAUCUGGAGAUGUACAUUCUACCAGUCAAUCACCCAGCGCCUCAACAGCUUCGCCACAGUCAAUAGUUCCUGCUCAUGGUGAAGAAUACAUGCAAGGAGCGACAGGAUUGGAAAGCAAUAUUACCUAGAUAGAUUCAGAUUCAUCACAUGUUUAAAGAUCAAUGGUGGUAAUAAUUCCACAACGGUAGUUUCUGUUAAAUUCAGCGCCAGCAACAGACAGCUGAACGCAUGAUACAGACUUGCAGAUAGUGAACUACGUCCUGUAAUUACAUGUAAAAUUAUGUGUUCUAUUUCCUCCGCUUUUUCUUGUACAUAAGCUAUGAACCUUCAAUACUUUUCCAAUUGUACAUAAUUUAUGACCUUUGAUGCAGGAUUCAAGCCUUA